AUGACCACCACUAGAGCAACAAUGCUCUCAUUCGUUCUCCUGGUCUCGGAAUGGACUGCGGGUGAGGGUGCAUCGGCGACGUCGGCAGAAGUAACACGACGUGUACGCACGCAGCGGGCACACUCACCCCCAGGCAUCGUACAGAGUAAUCAUCACAGCAACAGGAAUUCCAUUGAGCACAAUGCCGUGAACUGGGAAUCGGGAAAAUGCGCAGAAAUUAUGUUAGUGAGGCGAAAGGACUGGGGUGCGAGGGAGUCCAAAAAUGUGGAUUACCUCAGAACAAAUGGUGGGGUCACAAUAGUGUUUUAUCAUCAUACUGAAGGACUCGAGUGUAAUUCUGUGGAAACUUGUGCCAAAAUUAUUCGCCAAUGGCAAGACUACCACAUGGACACUAAACGAUGGGAUGACAUCGCCUACAACUUUGUGAUUGGGGGCGACGGACGGGUGUACGAAGGCCGUGGCUUUAAUGGCAUCGGAGCUCACACGCUGAGCUAUAACAGCAAGUCAGUGUCCUUGGCCUUCGUCGGAAACUUCACAUUCAACGUACCCAACAGUAAAAUGCUGGCCGCCGCCGGCGUCCUCAUUGAAUGUGGUGUUAAAUCGGGGAAAAUCCAAGCUAAGUACAGCCUCCACGGUCAAAGAGAUGCAAACCUCAGAGAUUGCCCAGGAGAAGCUUUCUAUGCCUUAAUACAAGAGAGCACCCAUUUUGGCGGUAGAUUGGAUCCCUAUAUAUAUACUCCUCGCAGCGGUGAUUUGGACGAAAUAAACACAGUUCAAUAAAGGAAAGUAUGAUGCAAAAUUAAUAUCAAUCUGCACUGUGUUUGAAAAUUGAACUGCUUAACCUAAAA